ACGAAUCGAUGUUUCGAAGAACUAGCAAUCCGGCCGACCAAAUGUCGAGCGGUAUUCCACCGAACUCCUCCUUUUUUCUCAGGUCGAGUACCGUCACUGGCGAAACAAUUUUUUGCUGGCGAGGAUAGGGCACUAAAUGUCAACAAAAGAAAAUUCAGUACGUUUUGACAGUUGUGUACCCAACAGUGUUUGGGGAUGAGAACAUACAAUUAAUAUUAAGAGACCCAACAUGUUUGGGAACGAGAACAAAGGGAAUCGCAGCGACAAUUUUUCUCUAUGGUUAUUGAAUUUAUUGCGUUGACGGCUGAGAAGCUUUAAACACGUUUUCAACAAAACAUUGUAUGAGCUUCUUCUUUGUGGUAUAAGCAAGCUUUGACUAUUAACAUUAAGAUUUUUUUCAAGACUUGUCACUUUUGCAAGAACUAGACACUUCAUGUUGAACAUAUUGAUGAAACAUGUCGUUUAUUGCUAAAAAUACCUUUUUGUGGCAAAAACUAGCUGUUAAUUUAAAUCAAAUUGUGACCGUCGACGAUAUGGUUCAUUUUCUUCAGGAAGGAGUCAAAAUUCUUUACCUCCAAUUUGGCUUGCACACAAAAGAAGAAAACCGAAAUAUAUUGGACAUGGCAAACCUAGCGAUUGAAAUAUUUUCAAGCGUAACGAACCCUUGGAAACCUGUUAUUGGAAUCGCAUGCGAGCUAAGUGGUAAAGGUUGUCGCUUGAAAUUUGAACGGUAUCAGGACCCGAUAAAAGUAACUACCGGACAAAAGUUGUAUCUGACAUCUGAUAUGAAGUACGAGGACAAAGCAGUGGAAGGUAUAAUAUUCGUUACAAACUUUGAAGCCCAAACAGCAAUGUUGAAAAUAGGCGACGUUUUGACCAUCAAUAACAUUCAAUUGAAAGUAUGCAAAAUUAAUGGAAAAUUUGUGCAAUGCUGUGUGAAUCCUAACGAUAAUAUCGAAAUCCCUAUGUUAAUCCAUCCGUAUGACCGAGUAACACUGACUACUGUGAAUGGCAACACAGCUUUAACCAAUAUUGACACAGAAGAAUGCUUGCUAGCACUAUGCAUGAAUUGUCACUACAUCGUCAUACCGGACGUCGAUAACCAUACGAUAAUACAUGCUGUUGAUGAACUCAUUCAGUCUCAUCAGGCUUGUGAUCGAACAAUCCGCACUAUUGCUAGAAUUUCACCAGAAGUUCGUGAACCUUGUGUUAAACAUUUGAUUCAACACGUGGCAGGAUGCAUUUCAGUGGACUUCGAAAUCGUGAGACAAUGUAAAGACAAUUGCAAAUCAGUUUUGUAUGAAAUUUCAGAUAUGGAUCAACUGCCCGAUGAAGAAACUUUCCAUCUUAUUGAUGUUUUCAUCAUAAAGCCUGAAAUAAUAGAAGAAUUUCAAUUCAGUCUUAGAGAGUUGAAUCAAAGAGCAAUUCGUUCACUUGCCGAACAACCCUUGCCAUUGGAACAAGGACAUCGUGCUAUAUGCCAAUGCAUCGAAUAUGCCUGCGCGAACUGCAAGGCUAAUGCCAUCCUUCUUUGCACAACAACAAGCUUGUGUGAAGCAGAAAAACUAUCCAGACGAAAAUUACCCUGUCCGAUGCUCGUGACAACCGACAACGAAGAAGCAUUGUACUUUCUUUUGCUGCGAAAAUACUGUUUCCCAGUUUGUAUAUCAGAAGAUAUGAAAUCCAUUCGACAAAUUAUUAAGUAUGCGACGAUUUAUGGACGGAAAUUUGAAUUUUUGAAGCCUGGCAAUUUCCUCGUAACUGGUUUUGGUGAGCACCUUGUGCAAGGUUUAGAAUUGCGUUACGUGCCAGAUGAUUUUAUUUCUGGGGAGCAAUAAAACAAAAUUGAAAUACCUUUGUGAACAAGUUUAUUUGUAUUUAAAAAAAAAAUUCCUAGUAAUAAGCGCAACUAGCUCAGCUCAACUGGCAACAAAAAUCACAAAACGAACAAAUGAAAACGAACGACUU